CAGCGGGCUGCGGACCACCCCUUUUCGCCGGCGCAACGCAUGCGUGUUAGGACACGGAGUAUCUUGAAGAUUAACAUUUAUCAUGCUGAGAUUUGGGCAGCACCUCAUCAAACCCUCAGCCAUCUUCUUGAAGACUGAGCUCUCCUUUGCUCUCGUUAACCGGAAGCCGGUGGUCCCAGGGCAUGUCCUUGUUUGUCCGCUGCGGCCGGUGGAGCGUUUCCGUGACUUGGGUCCUGAGGAAGUAGCCGACUUAUUUCGUACAGCACAAAGGGUUGGCAACGUGGUGGAGAAACACUUCUGCGGCACCUCGCUCACCAUUUCAAUUCAGGAUGGCCCUGAAGCUGGACAAACGGUGAAGCAUGUUCAUGUCCAUGUCCUUCCAAGGAGGGCCGGAGACUUCAGGAGGAAUGAUGAUGUCUAUGAGGAGUUGCAACGACACGACAAGGAGGAUUCUCCUGACAAGUGGAGGACAGAAGAGGAAAUGGCAGCUGAAGCAGCAAUUCUGAAGAAGUAUUUUCAGGAAAAUUAGAGGUGACAAAGUGUUUGAAAAGCAUCCUGUGACCUAAGAAGCAUCCGAGAAAGACAGACCCCAUCCUCCAGUUCUCAGUAGCCCCGGAGCUGCAGCUAAACAAUUUUAUUAUCUUCUACAAAUGCGGGAUUCUUCCAUGAAAAAUUUUAUUGGACCUUUGGAUGUCAUCAAGCUGGAAUUUCAGCUGAGACAACUAACAGCAUUGAAUCAAAAUACUGCUCUGAGUAGUAAUUCAUGUUUUUCUGAAUUGUGUGCUUGGGAACAAACCUUUUAAAAUCAUCCCUUGGCCUAAAUUGAAAUAAAGUGCUGGCAAA